CGUACGUAGCUCUUCUCGCCGCAGCAGGCCAGCAGAAGAUCGAAGCCACCGGCCGGCGCGGAGGACCACCAAGCCUCGCCGGAGCCAGCUAUGGAGGCGGCCACAGGCCCGCGCCCGGCGGAGGACGAGGAACAAGAGGUCGCGUGCGAGUGCUGCGGCUUCACGGAGGAGUGCACGGCGCCCUACAUCGCCAGCGUGCGCGCGCGCUACGGCGGCCGCUGGAUCUGCGGCCUCUGCGGGGACGCCGUCGCCGAGGAGAUCGGCCGGGCCUCGCCCGCGCCGCUCUCCCCCGCCGACGCGCUCGACCGCCACGCCCGCGUCUGCGGCCAGGGCCGCGCGUCCGCGCCGCCCUCGCCCACGCCCGGGGACGACGAGCUCAUCGCCGCGCUGCGCCUCCUCCUGCGCCGCAGGCUCGGCUCGCCGUCCCCGCCCAGGAUGGUGCGCUCCACGCCCAGCAGCCCCAGGCGCGACCGCAACGCCGCCGUCGGCUCCGCGGCGGCUGCCGCUGUCGCCGGGCCCGGAGCCAUCGGCGGCGGCGCCGGCUCGCUCGCGCGCACCGAGAGCUGCUUCGCCGCGCUCGUGGAGUAG